ACCUUAUUUUAAUCCCUAUUCCCUUUUUCUUCCCUUAUCAAAACCCCCCCUCUCACAACUCCCAACCCCUCAAUCUUCCUCUCCUUCCAUUUCUCUAUGCCAUUUCCUUCCUUUGGAUCUUCUGAUCAAAUUGUGUAGUUCUUGAUACUAAAGUUUAUUUGAUCAGAAGUUCCAAGGGAAAAGAGAUAAUUAAAGGGAAAUGGCACCAGUUUCUCUGCCUCCCGGUUUCCGAUUUCACCCCACCGAUGAAGAGCUCGUAGCCUACUACCUCAAGAGAAAGAUCAAUGGCCGAAAAAUCGAUCUUGAAAUCAUCCCGGAGGUUGAUCUUUACAAGUGCGAGCCAUGGGAUCUUCCCGGAAAGUCAUUGUUGCCAAGCAAAGACCUAGAAUGGUAUUUCUUCAGCCCCCGAGACCGUAAAUACCCCAACGGGUCAAGGACAAACCGGGCCACAAAGGCGGGGUAUUGGAAAGCGACAGGCAAGGACAGGAAGGUUAAUUCACAGACGAGAUCGGUGGGGAUGAAGAAAACCCUAGUUUAUUACAGAGGCAGAGCUCCUCAUGGAGCUCGAACCGAUUGGGUCAUGCACGAAUAUCGCUUGGAUGAUCGCGAAUGCGACACUCCCUCUUCUGGUCUCCAGGAUGCCUAUGCACUUUGCCGUGUGUUCAAGAAGAGUUUAAACAUACCAAAAGUGGGAGAUAACUAUGUCACUUCUUGCAGUGAUCGAUCCUCGAGCAUCGACCCCAAGUACGAGGAACUUGAUGCUUCCGAGUACCAAUUUCCCUCGUCCUCCGCCCUUAACAUGGUGGCCACGUCUAGCUCUGACCCGUCGUGGUCGCAAUACUUAUCGGAGGAGGCUUUCGCCUACACCAAUAAUCCAUACCCUCCCAACUUUAACCCUCCCUCAAAGGUUGAUAUAGCACUUGAAUGUGCCCGGCUGCAGCAUAGGUUCACGCUGCCGCCUCUAGAGGUGCAGGAUUAUCCGCCAUCUGGUUUUCAGAUGGAUCCGUACUCGAAUGCAUUCCAUGGAAAUGCAAACCAACCGGCGGAUAUAGUGCAAGAGAUUCUUUCAGUUGCUCAAGCUUCUCAGCAUCUUCAAAACCAAGAGACAUUCACCGGAAACUAUGCUCUCUCGGAUGACUUUUCGUUUCUUCUCCAGGCUCCCGACAUCGGCUCCUCUAGAUAUUUUGGAGAAGAACACAAUCAAAGGUCAAUUGAUAUUGGAGAUGAUCAAAUGUUUCAGACAGGGAGAAUGGUGGAGAAUUUGAGAUGGGUUGGAAUGUCCAACAAAGAUCUUGAAAAGGCAUUUGUGGAUGAUUUCAAGACAGUCCCAAUAGAGAACAUUUCCAAUAUGCCAAGAGAAUAUCAUGAUUUCCAAGGAGAAAGUAGCAACCACAACUUGAACACAUUCACUAGUGACAACUUGUUGGAUGAGGGAGAGAUGGAGGAUUUCUCGAGCACCCCGGACAUGGAGGUAUACGCGAAGGUGGAGGUGAAUCACGGAUUAAUGGUCUCAACGCGACAACUGCCAAACACAUUCUACCACAAAGUGGUGCCUUCCAAGACUCUGCAAGUCCAAAUCAACCCUAUUGUCAUCCCUUUCUCCAAAUCAACCCUAUUGUUCACAUCUCAAGAUGAAGAAAAUGGAAGCUCUAAAGGGAGGUUGUGUGGUGAUGAGGUGAUCAAGAAUAUUAGGUCUUAUGUAACAUUUGCAGUGGCAUUGUGUGCUGCUUGGCUUCGAAUAGUUGUUUGAGUUUGUUAUGUGUACUGAUAAUUGUUAACAUGAAAAGGGGGUUAAGGUUUGUAUACUUUUCAAUUGAAUUUUCCAUC